GUAGGAGGUGUGUCUUCAUCGCGCCGCUCCAUAAAUCCGUGCGUCGUUAUAAAGGACCAGCUGGCACGCCGCCCGGUCAGACGGUCCCGGGUCUUCACAGGGGGGGCUUCGCACGAUCGAUCGGGGGAUGAGCCUGGCUCGAAAGGCUUUACUUUUUAAACAAGGGCGAAUCGGAGACAGGAUUCAGCGCCUCAAUCUUCUGGUCGGGAGGCACGUCUUGUUGGCACCCGUACGUAGUUAUUUGUGCGCUGUAGGUUUAGACUCCGUGCGAUGCUAGAGUCGCCCUGCCGUCUAUUCUCUUACAUUAUUGUGUAAAUCAAGGGUCCACCAGAACGACCAAUACUUCCAGACAGAGUCGACGACAGAGCCCGAAGCGACAUCUAAGCUAAGAAUGGCGCCCGUCAGCGUGCUGUACGUCGCGCCAGGUCUGUUGUUCCUCGCGCUGCUGGUGCUGGUCGGCGCGGCGGAGGCAGACGGAGGCGGCGGUGGAGAGGAGGAGGAGGACCACUCUCACGACGUGCUGCACGAGGUUCCCGGCGGGGAGGAGAUGCACCACAAGCCGGAGACAGGAGAGCGAUGGAUGGACGUGACUCUUGCAGCCCAUCUCCUUAGCUUCGGAUCGGUGUCAGAGGUGACCAUGGACUUCAAAGCCAGCGUGCAGUUGAGCAUGGAGUGGUGGGACCCCCGGCUCGCCAACCUGACCACCCAGCCCUGGGUGCCAGUGGAUCCCGAGGUGGAGAUCUGGGCGCCGCACGUCGACUUCAAGAACACCAAGGCGCUGAAGAUGACGACGGGCGAGGAGGAGACCACCACGUGGGUGUCACGGGACGGACUCGUCAAUCGUGUACAGAGGUUUGACCUUACGGCGGCGUGUGCGAUGAAUUUGCAGAGCUUCCCGUUGGACAGGCAAUUAUGCAAGAUUAAACUAGAUGGAUACGAAGACGCGAGACUCCGCUGGGGGUUCCCGUCGCUGUGGGCUCAGACGUCCGCUCCUGUCAUCACUGACGCCACGGCGCUCCACUCACAGUUCAAGAUGACGGGCCUCAGCGUCAAGGCGUACGCCAAUUCCUUCCUGCCCAACAUCGCCGGUAAGGGGUGUGUCUACUACAAGAACACCUGUGACUACCUGGACGCAGACAGGUGCCUGACUGAUCAGCAGCGGUGCGAGGACGCGGUGGGCAGUCCGGACUGUGACCGGUGCAUCUACUACAGCGGGUCCUGUAGGAACUCCACAAACAUGUGCAAUCUGAUAACGGAAACAAGUAACAAGAACGUCUUCACAUCUGCGGAGAUCCAGCUGCACCUGUCCCGGCGGCUGGCCUACCACCUGCUGCAGAUGUACAUCCCCUCCACCUCCAUCGUCAUCAUGUCCUGGGUCUCCUUCUGGAUCGACGCAGGCGCGGUGCCGGCCCGGGUGUGCCUGGGCGUCACCACCGUCCUGACCAUGACGGCGCAGAGUUCGCGCGCUGCAGGGAUGGCUGAGGUUUCUUACGUCCGGGCGCUCGACGUCUGGAUAGUCGUGUGCCAACUUUUUGUGUUCUCAGCUCUGAUUGAGUACGCCGUCGUCAACUUCGUUUUCAGGUUCGGAGCGGUCUUUUCCAGACGGCGGCCGAGCACAGCAAAUGGCAAGGAGUCUUGCGGGAAGUCUGAUGACGUGGCAGCUGUGAAGAUUCUGGAACCGAAGUCCAAACCGGAGGGCACCACGGGGAAGGAGACGGCUCAGACCAUAGACAACUGCUGCCGCGUCGCCUUCCCGUCAACGUUCGUCAUAUUCAACGCUGCGUACUGGUCCCUGUAUCAGCUUUUAUGACUUACGACGGCAUGAACGGCCGAAAGGGCUUGGCCGCCUGCUAUAGAACUUUAUAUUGUACCGGACAUGUUAUUGAAACGUACUUUAGCCGCGAGGCUGAAAAGUUUUACAUGAAUGAUUAACCAUUCAUUCAUUCAUUCUAUAGCGAACAUUGGCACUGCCAGUGUUGAACACUAUGUAUACAGUAUCCUUUAGUCCUGGACGACUCAGUCGUAUACAGGACCAUAUCUGCGAUACAACAAGAGAAUGUGGCCACUUCGAGGCUAUGUGGCCUUUUGUCUCCGUACAUGUACAUGUAAGAUCGAGUUACUAUUCGGAUCGCUGCCAAAGCACCGCCAGGAUGGUGUGUACUAAAGGUUUCUGCCAAUUCUGGUAAACAAAACAGUUACGACAGUGCUGUUUUUACCGUUUGAGAAACCAUCCCAAGUAUCAACGUGCAUGGACAAGUGAUUUUUUCUUGUGCGUCAAAACCGUUUCGAAAAUUUAGUAAACUAUAGUAAAGUAGCUAUUAUGACAACCUUCUGUAUUCAGACCGCUAUUCAAAUUGUACAGGAACCCCACAACUUGCAUGUUGUAGGAGUAAUGAAACUGAGACGUAUAUGUGCAGAUUUACCCAAUGAGGCUGGUCCUCUGCUUGUCAUCCUUCAAGUUCGUAUAAAACUGUGACUACAGACAUUUAGUGCACCGAAAUAUGUAGGGUUUAUGUAGUAUAGAUAGAUGAUAUAGCAGCCGUAUAUCCAUCGGGAAAAUAAAACCUUGAAGACUUCAUAAAAACCUUAAGUGACGACGAUAAAACGUUCCGCCUGCCAGGCGCCGCGGGGUAACGAUUGCUUCCCUUCCGCUGAGAAAUACGAAGAUAUGGCCUUGGGCGAAAUAAGCAUAUCCGGCGCCAUUCGAGAAACGGGAAAUUGAGAAACGUACAUUGGAGACAACCUGUCAGUUCUGUAAAAUGAACGGUCUUAUCUGAGCUUGGACGUUCGUCUGAAUAUAACCCUUAACGGAUUUCAAAUGUUAUUGCAAUCAUUUACAACAGCUGUCGGGUCGCCAGAAAUUGAUCUUACCCAACAUUUAUGAUAUUCCAAUUUGAGAUCAAGGGUGGUACAGAUCCAGUUUAUGUCGCACCGAGUGAGAUAGCACAACAAUAGUCAUAUAGUGGAGUAAGAGACAGACCGUUUGUAAACCGACAUUUGUGACAGAAUUGUGGCGAAAAACUGUUAAGGAAGAUACUAUCCAAUGUAAUAUUUCAGAAAACGCUAUUGAUGACGUAUAAGUUAUGUACCUAUCUGUUUCGAUAACGUUAUCAUACGUACCAUAGUAUACGGUAGUGAAGUUAAGUUAACUACUAGUACGUGACUACGUUUGUCUGUGUUUGUCCCGUUGAACGUUUUAUAACGUUACAUGCACAGUGUACAGAACAAGUUUCCAUGAAAUGAACAGAGUUCGUCUAAGAACCUGAACAUUGGACACAGGUACGACCGUACGUAAUGCAAUUUCAUAAGCAGAACGUGUAGAAGUGUAUCAAUAAAGGAAUGUCGGAUAAGC